AUGAAUUUCUCGACAUGUCUUGUUUUUCUGGCAAUUUUGGCGCUUUCGUUGGUCUCGGCCCAAAUUGGAGUGAAUUAUGACUCCAGAGGCGGCUUCGGAGGCGGCCAAUUUUCCAGACAACGGAGUUUUGAAGUCCAAGGUAGGUGCAUGUGUUUUUAUAACGUCUUGCACGCUCUUGAAGGGGGGGGGAGGACAGUUGACCACCGAAGGAAUAGACACAAAUUAGAAUAGAUAGAGUUUAUUGAAGACACAACACAGAUAACACCACCCAACUGAGCGGGCGGCAGACAAUGAAUUAGAGAUUUUAGGGUCGAACGGUGGUAUUUAUAGUUCUGGGUUUAUGCAGAUUUCUUGGGAAAUUGGUUGAGAUCCCAACUAUCCGCCGUAUAGUUAGAAAGGCGCUCUUAUAUGUAUGCAUAGGCAGCUGGGUCAGAGCUUGAGGCGGGUUUUGGCGCCAGUAAGAUCAUCGUGGGUGAUGGAGUGUCAAGACUAAGCUAAAUAAACGUCGAGGUCUAAUGAGGACCCUAACUUGCCCUCUACUCCUAGUAUCAACUACCCCUAAUAACCUGGAGACCACAACUAGAGAAUUCUAGCUGAAAAUCUGCGAACUCACGCAAAUUGAUUCCAAUGAGCUUGGACCACCACCGGACUGUAUCAAGGGGACUUCCAACAAAUUACAAUACUUGGUUUAUUUCCAAAACGAGUGACCGAAAAGCGAUCGGUCCAUUAUAUAAUAUUUAUAUCAAAAUAUUCGUCGGUUUAUGCUAAUUUCUGGGAAUUCUUCACGGAAUCGUGACAGGAGUCUGAUGAGAGACCAGAGAAAAUUGGGGAGUUUAUGAGAGCGGGAUGGCCCAUGGAGAGGUCCAAGCAAUGGGUUUCAGAUUUGUCGCUCGACUAGGCUUAUCUUCCUCUUGGAGUCCGAAAGUUGGUAAAAAUUUGACAUUUUUAUAACGAGCUUGUCUUGUUUAGAAAAAAAUUUUGUCUUAUUUCUAACAUCUGGUUUGCCAAAAAUCGAUUUUUUCGCCGUGAAGUUCACAGAGAUACUUCAAAAAACGGCUCUGGAUUCGCGUAUUUUACAAUCCUUAUAAUUUUUUCAAAAAAAAAAUUUCGUUAAAGACAAUUUCAAAAUGACGUUUCCAGGCCCGGUGAACGCCAAUUACAACUCCAACUUUCAAGCCAGCCGCAGCGGUUUCGGAGGAGGCCCAUACGGCCAAUACGGAGGACAAGGACAGUACGGAGGCCAAUUUGCAGGCCAAUAUGGCUGGAGCCGUGGCUAA